AUGUCGUCGUCGGUCAAGUUCGACGUCAAAGAGACGGUGGCCAGCGUCACUGGCAAGCAGGACCUCGCCAAUGAGGUCGGUAAUGCUAUCACCAAAGGUGCUGGGGCCGGUGGCUACCUGGCUCUGCAAAGCAACCCUCUUCGCACCAAGAUGAUCACCUCGGGCUCCCUCUCUGGUGUCCAAGAAGUGCUCGCUUCAUGGAUCGCAAAGGACCGCAACAAGAAUGGCCACUACUUCACCUCGCGUGUGCCCAAGAUGGCCCUCUACGGCGCCUUUGUUAGCGCUCCUCUCGGUCACAUCCUCAUCAACAUCCUGCAGAAAGCCUUCGCUGGCCGGACCAGUCUGAAGGCCAAGAUUCUGCAGAUCCUCGCCAGCAACCUGAUUGUUGCCCCCAUCCAAAACACCAUCUACCUCUCCGCCAUGGCCAUCAUCGCAGGCGCCCGCACCUUCCACCAAGUCCGCGCUACCGUUCGCGCCGGACUCCUUCCCGUCAUGAAAAAGUUCCUUCCCCAAGAAACCUGGGUACCUUUCUUCAACAUCAUCGCCUUCGUAAUUGGUACAUACAUCAAUGCACACACCAAGAAGAAGCGCCUGGCUGCCUUGAGAAAGAAGCACUACGGUGACUCUAGAAGCACCGGUCGUCCUGAAGAUGACAGACGUCCUAACUUCUAG